GUUUCAUGUGGUUUCAAACUGAAUUAGUUUUAGAUGCACCCUUUGGCCCCCAAGGAAGAGAGCUGUCAUGUAACCAACACUAACCUUCAGAAAUGCCCCUGCUUGCCAAUGUUUGCCUUUUGCCUGGUGUUUUGAAAAUGUCAAUUAUGGGAGGAAAACUCUCUCAAAGAAGACGUGAUUUGGGUCCAGGUUAUCUUCAGGAUCGCCUUCUCCUCCACAAUCUGCUCUUUAGGACACUGAGGCCCUCUGGGGUACACUUACUCCAACCAGCCAGAAUCCGACCAGUGACUGUCACCCAGAGGACCUUUUCAUCGGCUGCCCCAUGACUGUGGAAUGACCUGCCAGAAGAGAUUCAACAGCUAAACAAAGUGUCAGAAUUUAAAAUGCAAUUGAAGACCCAUCUCUUCCAGCAAGCCUACCCAGUCAACUUUCAAUAUGAAUUUUGAUUUGCAUUCUAUUACCACUGCGCCUAGUGGUGCAACGGGUUAAACCACUGAGCUGCUGAACUUGCUGGCUGAAUGAUUGGCAGUUCGAAUCCAGGGAGCAGAGUGAGCUCCUGCUGUUAGCCCCAGCUUCUGCCAACCUUGCAGUUCAAAAACCUGCAAAUAUCAGUACUGUUAUGGAUCCAAGCAAAAUAUGCCAUAAGAACAGAUCUGGAAAAGUACAGACUUCUGAGAAGCCCAUUUUUUAAAAAUCAAUGAACAAUUUAUUACUAUAGGUUUUCAACUCAGGCAAUGCGUGACAUUAUGAUAGUAAGCAUAACAACGAAGGCAACAUUGGGAAAAUGAUGGAGCCUUUUUCUGUUUGAACUUUAUUUAUACAAGAAAGGUUUUGGAGAUCACAGAGAUGGAUGAUCAAUCUAACAUUGCAGCUACAGGAGACAACACAAGCAUUUGGGACAGCUUGAUAUUUGCACAUCCUGUCUGUGUAAACUGGAAGUCAGAAGCAGAAGGAUCUAUCUAUCACUUAGCAAGUAUUUUGUUUAUUAUUGGCUACAUGGGCGGAAGUGGGUUUUUUGGCUUGCUCUAUAUCUACUUUUUACUCGGACUGGGUUUUCUCUGCUCAUCUGUCUGGUCUUGGCUAGAUGUCUGUGCAGCUGAUAUUUUCUCCUGGAAUUUCAUCCUGUUUGUGGUAUGCUUCGUACAGUUUAUUUAUGUAACCUACCAACUCCGGAGUGUGGCCUUUGACCAAGAAUUCCAGGAGCUCUACAGUGCUCUGUUCCAGCCUCUGGGAAUAUCACUGACUGUUUUCAGGAAGAUUGUCUUGUGCUGUGAUGAAGAGGUCAUUACGCUGGAGAAAGAGCACUGUUACGCCAUGCAAGGCAAAACACCAAUUGAUAAACUUUCUUUGCUUCUGUCAGGAAGGAUCAGAGUGACAGUGGAUGGUGAAUUUCUGCAUUACAUUUUUCCACUUCAUUUUCUGGAUUCACCUGAAUGGGAUUCAUUGAGACCCACAGAAGAAGGCAUUUUUCAGGUAACUCUCACAGCAGAAACAGACUGUCGAUACAUAACCUGGAGGAGAAAAAAGUUGUAUUUACUCUUUGCGAAACACCGAUUCAUUGCACGUCUCUUUUCAAUUCUCAUUGGGAAUGAUAUUGCUGAGAAGCUUUAUGCUUUGAAUGACAGAGUGAUCCUGAGCAAAGGAUUUCGCUAUGACAUCCGUUUACCAAAUUUCUAUCAUAUAUCAACACCAGAUACACCUAAAAGACGACCUGGAGGCCAGUUACAGAACAAUUCAAGACAACAUUAACAAAUAUCAUAAACUUUAACACUUAACAACAAAAAUGACUGAUUAUUGACUUCGUCACUCUCAACAUUGAUUAAUAAAAUGUUUGGCAUCAUUAAAAAAGCAAUCUAAACAUUAUAAUAAAACCAACUUUUGAAGUAGAAGCCCCUACUUGUUUUCUAGCAGAAACACCCAACUAUCUAGAUUGACUCCCCCCCCCCCCAGCGCUAAGAACCAGCAGUUUGCACAUCUUGCCUGAUUGUUUUAUUGACUUCUGCUCAUCUUAUUACUUUGGAGGUGGGUUGAGGACAGAUAUGAAUCAUUAUUAGAUAAAGCUUUGUUGUAAUUGUGGUGCCUUGUGUAUUGUGCUUUCAAAAAUGACAUUUGCGCAGAGCUCUUCUUCAUGUUUAUUGAGGCCUCCUUGUCAUCAUGAAUUAUGCGAGCAGCUUUAUCUUAGAAAAGAGCAGCAAGCAAACCAUCUUCAAAAAGUAAUUUUGGUUCACUUGUUACUUUAUAAUUACAAUGCAUAAAUUUGGUCUUCUCAACACGCAGUGUCUUACAGAAGCGGACACGUGGAACAGGAGGCUGCACAAUUUUGUAAAGCUUGGGGGAAGUCUAACAAUAAUUUCAUUCUUGUAUAACUCAAGAGAUUAUGACUAGAUUUCUCUUGGAAAAGAGCAGAUGAGCUAUACAUGAAAACAAAAGAGAACAGUGUCGUUAUAUCAACUGUAAAGGGUGUGUCAAUCGCUUUAAUUGCUGUAACCUAUCUAGCAGAGCAAAACAGUUCAGUCACUAUAGUCCAAUGUUUCUCAAACUGGCCUUUGCUGUUUUUGACUUCAGCACCCAGAAUCUCUGAUCAUUGGACAAGGCAUCUGGGACUUCUGAGGGUUGACUUUCAAAACACCUUGGAGGAUUAGAGUUUGAGGAUGACUGCUCUGACAGAAAGUAGGGCAAUAGCAGCCUAUAAUCAAUUUGUUACUAAUGCCAUCCCUAUUCCUGAAAUCAUCUUCUGUUGGAAUUUUUUUUUUGGCUUUACAGUACAUAUCUAAGCAAAGUUUGGGAACCUAUCCCCCACAGUAACAGGGGUUAUACCAUACAUUGUGAAGGAAAGAUCAUCACUUGUGAUGUUACCAAGUGAAGGAGUUUCAUCAGUAGAGAUAACAUUGUUGGAUAUUGUCCUAGUAUGUUUAAUAGAAAGAGACCACAGGUGGUUGUUGAGUGAUCAAUACCUUCUUUCCUAUGUUGUAUACACUCAAUUCUGUAGUCAAAAUAGGCUUGGAAGCUUUCACCACAAAAAAUAUCUGAACAAGUGAACUGAAUUGAUAAUAUUAUAUUACAGGCAAUGGUGCUUCUUCCAUUUUACAUACAGACAUAUAACAGUGUGGUUACCAGCAGUGUGGAAAAUGAAGGCACUUUCCUCUUUACCCAAUAGGAAUUCUGCCCCCUUCCAAAACAUUUCCCUUCAGUCCCCAAAUGUUGAGUAUUACAGUAAGUUCAAGAGGAGGAUUUGGAACUGCAGUUAGGCAUCCAAAGAAAAGAGGCAAUCAAAAUUACCAAGGAAAUGCAAACACAACAAACAAGAGCUACCUAGGUGUGAAUGAUUUCCACCAUCUCACUCUCUGCAAGGUUAAACAUGUGGGAACUGAAAGAAAAUUCCAUGAGUGACAGAAUUCUUGUGGAGGGGCUGCCACUGAAGCUACACCCUACAUAUGCACAGCUUGGUACAAUAAAUUAUCCCCAUGUGUAGGCUUGGAAACUGGUGCUAUUAAAUGAGUAUGAGAGCAAACUAUUCAAAGAUAGGAAGUCAUCCUUGUUAAUCUGUUGCAUAGGGGGAUUUGGUUUCACUGUUAAUUUUUCUCAGCUUGAAACAGCUUUUUUUGCAGGGGGGAUCAUUCUCCCCAUUUGAGCUAGUAACUAAAAUAUUGAUUCCCCUCAAGGUUUAAAUCCAGUGUCACGCCUUUUGAUUAUAAGAUACAUGAAAUCAUAGCAAGUGAAUGUUGGAUGUUGCAGAAUUGAAGGUUAGCUGUGGUACAACAUCAGAUUAAAAUAUCCAUGUACUUUGAGUAGUAUGUCUAAAACGUUUUAAGUUUAUCACAAUUAUCUAGGUUUAUGCUAUUAUAAUAUCAUGAAGCCAGAGAUAUAUAUUGGGACAGUUAUCCCAAUGUAAACAAAUGAUACCACAUGAAUUAGUGGAGAUAUUCAUUUGGUCCCCACUAGAUUUGUUCCACAAUUACACACUACUGGAAAGGGAUUAGAAGCACCGAAAUGGGAAUUUGAAGAGCAUCCUAAAAAUCUAGUGGCCUAAUUUACCAUAAAUAGCAGGUCCUCCCUUCAAUUGCACUCUUUGGAAACCCUUCUCAUAUUCAAAUCCAGUUUGUUAACAUGGAGGAUUGAGCUACCAACCGGUCAGACACUCAAAUCUUGAAAUGCCUUGUAUACAUUGAAAUGUCUGAUUUGUUCUUUGCAAUUUGGAUGAGAUUUCUUUCUAUUUUGUUUAUUUUAUUAAUGAUUAAAUUGACAUUCUGCCUUUUCUCCAUUGAGUUGAAGGCGGCAAAUAUGGCUGUCCUCCUACCUACUUUAUCUUUACAACAACCUCAUGAAGUAGAUAGUGAUGGACUCAAGAUCACUCAAUUUCUAGUUAUGACUAGAAAUAGGAUCUUUCAAGUCCUAAACACUGGCCCCUCAAGUAGGUUUUCUUUGGGAAAUGGGGUGGGAGGGCAGGGUGGGGGUGCCAUCCCACCCCUUUGGUCUCCAGGAGCCCAAAGAACCAGGACUGCUGUGAGGAUUGACCCCGGGAUUGCAGAAUGUGAUCCUGGGAGACCACCCCCACAGGUCCAGCACCUCAACAGAUCCAGACCUUUCAGUAAGGUCCGGAUCUCUUGAGGUAUCAAAUUAAUCUGGAAUAUGUAUUGUCAAAGGUUUUCAUGGCUGGAUCAUUGGGUUGCUGUAGGCUUUUUGGGCUGUAUGGCCAUGUUCUAGAAGCAUUGUCUCCUGAUGUUUCGCCUGGAAUCUGGAAUAAACUAGGAAAUCCCAGUUUACUUUGAAUUAAUUCGGGUUCACCUGAAGCAUCAUUUGACACAUCACAGGUUUUAGGGCAUGUGUAGAAUGGCCCUAGAUGGUUAUAGUAACUUCUCUAACUGCAAAAUCUUGGCCUAUGUUUUUUAUUCAUUUCAGGUGUGAGGAGUGUGUGCCCUCCAGAUGACAUUGAAAUUUGCUUGGCUAGCUGGAGUUGAUGGGACUUGCAGUCUGCACAUCUGGAGGGCCAUAUCUUCUCCAGCCUGGCUUAGCUCGUAAUGAUUUUACCAUUUGUUCAAAAUAUAUGCUUGAAAAGCCAGUUUUGGAUUGUUUUAUUUUCUUACCAGGUACUCACAUUCUACUGUUAUUCAGUAGAAUUUGAGCCAUCAGUGGAUCAAUUCAGAAUGUGAAUGCUGCGUUUACAUCACUGUAUCAGUGAUAUGAAGAAAUAAUUGCUGGAACAAGAUUAAAGUUCUGUUGCAAUGCCAUUUUUACUGUUCAUUAUUCUCAGGUCAAGCUUUAAAAUAAUAUAUCACAGUGAAAAAAAUAUCCCAGAGUUCUAAUUUUCUAUGCUGAAUUUUUCAAUUAAUGAUGUAAAAAUACAAAUAUUGUAAUCUAACAUUUAAUUUCGUAGUACUUUGGAAUAGUUUUAUAUGAUAUAUAUGAUACAGUGGACUUGGAUUGUGUCUACAUGGACCAAAUAAAACAGACUCGCCUUGCAAUUGCUGUGGGGAGUCCAUCAAAA